AUGGACCCGGCCCCGGAGGUGAAGAGGAAUAGGUUCCCCAGCAUGAACUUUGAAGCAGAGAUUCUGACAGCUCCACACGAUAAUUCAGAGCUAUAUGUGAUCCCUUCCAUGAGAAGUCUCACGGCUGAGGAGUAUGCAGAGGCCUUUAAGUCAUUUUUGGAUCAUUCAACGGAGCAUCAGUGCAUGGAUGACUUCAACAAGGAAGAGAUGCCCAACAUCGUGGCUGGUCUCGGCAAUGGAAAAUCGACUAUAAAUGUUCUGGGAGUUGGAAGCGGCACAGGUGAGCAGGAUUUGAAAAUGAUCAGGAUAAUGCAGGCUGCACACCCAGGGGUCCUUAUUGACAACGAAAUCAUAGAGCCCAACCCACAGCACGUGGCUGCUUACAAAGAGUUGGUGAAUCAAGCUCCAGAUCUGCAGAACGUCUCUUUUCUUUGGCACCAGCUCACUUCCCUGGAGUAUGAACAGCAGGUGAAAGAGAAAGACGCACGUAAGAAAUUUGACUUCAUCCAUAUGAUUCAGAUGCUGUACCGUGUGGAGGAUAUUCCCAAUGCUAUCAAGUUUUUCCACAGCUGCCUCGACCACCAUGGUAAACUCCUGAUCAUAAUUUUAUCAGACAGUAGCGGAUGGGCCAGCUUAUGGAAGAAGUACAGACACUGUUUGCCUUCCACCGACAGCGGCCACUACAUCACCUCCAACGGCAUCACGGAUGUUUUGAAGAGAUUGGGCGUUGAAUACCACGUUUAUGAGUUCCCAUCGGGCUGGGAUAUCACCGAGUGCUUUAUCGAGGGGGACCCGGUUGGAGGCCGCAUGAUGGAUUUCCUGACGGGGACGAAAAACUUCCUGGGCACGGCCCCCCCGGGGCUGCGGCGGCAGCUGCAGGAGGCUCUCUGCCAGCCCGAGUGCAGCAGCCAAAAGGACGGGAGGAUCAUCUUCAGCAACAACUUGAGUAUGAUUGUGGUUGAAUCCUAG